AUGCCUUUGCGCGGAAUUAGAACGACGACGGCAGCCAGGAACGGCGCCGGUGCCUUCAUCCUUCAAUGCAAGCGCCUUGACUUCCAUUACUGCAAUUCGUCAGGCAGCUCAAGGGGCAUGGUCGCUUUUCUCCAGAAGACUCUCCCCACCUUCGCCCGCGAAAACCCUCAGAUCGAGAUCCGCGUGUCUCCCCGGCCCCAGAAACACCCCCUCAUCAAAGGCCUCUACAUCAACGGCCGUGAGAAGCCCGUAUGUGUGCGCAACUUGGAGCCUCAUGACAUCUUGAAGAAGGCAAUUCUUUUGAAGGAAGCUAGCGGAGAGAAGCUGAAGCGGACCAAGAAGCCGGUUACCAGUUUGAACGAGAGUGUGCGUGGUAUCUGGUCACCAUACCACGGUGAUCUUCGGGGCGUUUAG